AUAGGCAUGGGAAAAAAGAGGAAAAGAGGAAAAAGUGGAGAAAACAUGGUAUACAAGGCCACAUAUAACCCCGCAAUAACGCACUGUCCCAUUCAUUCUUUGCUUCCAUAAAGCUUUUUCCUCGACAUUUUCCACUUUGCUUCUUCUCUAAUCCAAUUCUUUUGUAGAUCACACUCUGCGAAUCACCUCUGAUCCAUCAUGUCAGGUUCACCGUCCUCAUCGUCGGCAUCCGAAGAUGAAGAUGAAGGAAUCGAUUCGUACAGAAAAGGAGGAUAUCAUGCCGUCAGAAUCGGUGAUUCAUUUUCCGGUGGACGAUAUAUCGCUCAGAGAAAACUUGGCUGGGGAGAAUUCUCUACCGUUUGGCUCGCUUAUGAUACUCGAUCAUCCGAAUUUGUAGCUUUGAAGAUCCAGAAAAGUGCACCACAAUUUGCUCAAGCUGCUCUUCACGAAAUUGAAGUCCUUUCUGCUAUUGCCGACGGUGAUACCUCUAAUAGUAAAUAUGUUGUUAGACUUAUUGACCAUUUUAAGCAUACAGGACCAAAUGGACAGCAUUCAUGCAUGGUCCUUGAAUUUCUUGGUGACAGCUUAUUGCGUCUCGUCAAAUAUAAUCGUUAUAAAGGCCUUGAGCUGGACAAAGUUAGGGAAAUAUGCAAGUGCAUUCUAAUUGGUCUAGAUUAUUUGCACAGGGAACUUGGAAUUAUUCAUACAGACCUAAAACUUGAAAAUGUUCUUUUACUUUCCACGAUAAAUGCCACAAAGGAUCCAAUUAGAUCGGGAACACCGCCCAUACUUGAAAGGCCUGAAGGGAUCCCAAAUGGAGGAGCAACUAUGAAUAUUAUUGAGAAAAAGCUAAAACAAAGGGCAAGGAGGGCAGCAGCCAGGAUAUCCGGUAGACGGUCUUCAAUGGGUGGGGUAGGAGGAGGUGCGAAAACAAAUAGAAGUCUCGAUGGUAUUGACUUGAAGUGCAAGGUUGUGGAUUUUGGAAGUGCAUGCUGGGCUGACAAGCAGUUUGCACAAGAAAUUCAGACACGACAGUAUAGAUCUCCAGAAGUUAUACUUCAGUCUGGAUAUUCAUUCUCUGCCGACAUGUGGUCUUUUGCUUGUAUUGCGUUUGAGCUUGCCACUGGCGAGAUGAUGUUCACACCCAAAGGUGGACAAGGUUUCAGUGAAGAUGAGGAUCACCUUGCUAUGAUGAUGGAGCUUCUAGGAAAGAUACCUCGGAAGAUAGCCAAUGGUGGGGCUCGAUCUAAAGAUUACUUUGACAGAUAUGGAGAUUUGAAGAGGAUCCGGAGGCUGAAGUAUGGGACUUUAGAAAAGUUACUUAUCGACAAGUUCAGGUUUUCUGAAAUUGAUGCUCUUGAAUUUGCCAAAUUUCUUUGUCCCCUUCUUGAUUUUGAGCCCGAGAAUCGACCAACUGCUCAGCAGUGCUUGCAACACCCAUGGCUCAACAUUAAAGGUCAAAACCAAACAGAGGUGAAGAGUGAAUCUGGUAUGGAAAAGGUUAAUGUUGGGAUGAGAAACCUACAAGUGAAGGCCGGUAAGUGAUGUAUGAAUGAAUGGUUGGUCUUCUCACUGCAGCACCGCUCCAUUGCCCUCUCUCCCCCGUAUCAGAUUACUUGUGAAUUAAUUUUGGAUUGUGUUUAAGAUUUAAUUAGAUUCAAGUCAUUGGUAGACUUAGAUGUAUUAUUUUGAUUGAUUAUCACGAGGAAACGACCUCCAAAAGGAGAAAUUGGCAUUAGUCCCUGAAAUAUCCCUAGGUGAAGCUUCCACUUGAUUUAAUGAUGUUGACAUUCACAAAAGAAACUAUCCUUCAUUCCGCUAACAAAUAAGUUGGCCCAUGUUCUAUUGAAGGCCUGGAGGAACAAAGCAAGCUCUACAGCGUUAGUAGUCUAUGGCUUCAUCUGGACUCAGCAUUAUCAAUCUAGGAAAGGAUCUUUAGCAGCCUGUAGAGAACAUUACAUUAAUGGGAGCCUCUUGAUAUGGAGUGUGUUAUGUACAUUUAAACAUCAAAAGAUUUGGAUUCUGUGGAGGAAGUUUAUUCUCCAUUUCCGCAGGUAGGAAAGAAUUCUUUUCUUUUUUGAUUUUAACUCAGGUUGAAGUCUUUGUAACAACUGAUAUAUAAUUUUUUUUUGUAUACAUCACUCUGAAGUAUAUUAGUUGCCACUUAUUUUUUACAGAGUUGUUUGUUACUA